GUCCCCCUCCUCGUAUGGCUGUCCCCUCUGACAUCGAAGACGAUAUCUUGUUCGAGGAAGAGCCUACUCGUCCAAUCGUCAUCGAACAAGUAUGGUUCGACGACGAGGAAGAUUCCAUCUAUUCCCAGCCUUCCUUCGUACCAGCCCAAAACAUCCACCCCAUCUCACCAACAGUUCCCGAACCAUCCAUGAACGAGGUGUACCUCCCCCGCGCAAGCACUGACUCUGAUGCCCCUCGGUCGUCUCUCGAUUCUUUUUCAAGCAGCCAGUCCCACUCCUCUUUUUCAUCCUCAAGCUCGUCUGAAGAAGUGAUCCCCAUCUCCCCCUUCUCCUUCCCUCCCACUCCAAGACCUGAAACUCACCAACUCCGCAGUCGAUGGAGCUGCUCCACGAUAUCCUCACUCGCUAGUGAACCUCCACGCACGAUUCUAAGUCCAUUGCGUGGGGUGUUUGCGUCGAGAUCGAAGUUGAAGUCGGGGUUGGGAUCAGGAUCAAGGCGGGCACCUCCUCCCCUUCCGAUCAUGUCUUCGCCCCCCCGUCCUCGCGCAUCACCCAGUUCAUCACCAUUACAAACGCGAACCAACACCCAAUCCCAAACGCGCGCACAGAGUCCGUACAAAAUGCCUCUAACGCGAAUGGUAUUCCCCGCAACGCCCUCCCCUCCCAGUACACCCACCCCCAGACACAUCCGCCGCCAAAACUCGCGCUCAUCGACGUCUUCUGGGUCGUCUGAAAGCGGGAGCUGUGAGAGCAGCGGCGGUGCGGGGUUGAGGAGGAAGCCGAUUCCUGUUGAGAUGUUUUUGAGGGCUUGAUUGGUGGAGUGUGGGGUUUCAAUUUUCGUGAAUAUUUUCUUCGGGAUUUUGUUCUUUGUCGUUUUUGCUUUUGCUUUUACUUCUGUUGAAUGUUUUCGAUGUCUCUUUGCUCUCGUUAACGACGAUGACGAUUCGUAAUUAUUGUAUCCGCAUUAUCAUCAUCUCCCGCUCGCUCAUUCACGCAUACUGAUAUUCAUACUAUAGCUGUACCCUCU